UUGUCUAUAAAUGUUUGCCUUGCAUCUUCACUGGCUACUGCCAAUAAUUGUUUAGGGGUUUCCAUCACUUUCCAUCUCUCUUAAAGUGGAUGAGGAUUACGUUUUUAAACUGUUAAAAGGAAUAGUUGAUGUUGAUAUAUCUGAACGGAAAAGUUGUUGUUUAAAAGAUAGAUUUUUAAGAGUAAAAGAUGGAAAAGUAGAAACACAACGAACAGAAGAAGAAAGAGUACAUAGUCACCGCACAUGAAUUUAGAAAACCUUCAAAUCUUUCCGUCGCUUCUCUACACUAUUUUUAGAGCAAUAGUGAUGGAAACAAUAGAAAGCUCCCAUCAAGCUUUCGAAAGGCCAAUGCUGUAGUGCUACUAGUAUUUAAUUGCUUAUCAGCUAUUUUAGUUCUUCAAGAUUUCAUACAGAGAAAUUCUAAGGUUAAAAAAAAUGUUCCCUUUCGGAAACAGUAGAAAUGGGAACCCUAUUCUCCACAAUUCAGUACCAUCCUUUCACAGCUCUCUUGGCCUCAAUGGCAACCAAAUACUCCUUCAUCAACACCAAGAUCAGCUCUCUACUCAUCAUUACUUAGCCCCAAAUGCUCACUUAAUCGACAACAGCAGCUCGUUGGUCUUUGCAAAUUACAAUGUCAUCAACAACAACAACAGCAACAAGUCAUUUCAAGAUCCUUCCAAUAAAAAGAAACCUUUGAAGAAGGAUAGGCACAGUAAGAUUUUGACAUCUCAAGGGCAUAGGGAUCGGAGGGUGAGGUUGUCGAUAGGGGUUGCUCGUAUGUUCUUUGAUUUGCAAGACAUGCUUGGUUUCGACAAACCAAGUAAAACCCUUGAGUGGCUAUUCACUAAGUCCAAAUUAGCCAUUGAAGAGCUCACUGAUCAAAAUGCCAAGAUCAAGAGUACUAUUAAUUCAGAAUGUGAGGACGAGGUUGUUACUGCUGCCUCAAAACAAAUGAAAGAGGAGGAGGCUAUAGUUGCAAGAGAGUCAAGGGCCAAGGCUAGAGCAAGAGCUAGGGAAAGAACUAUCAAGAAAAUCUGGACCCAAAUUGAAGCCAAAUCUAACUCAAAGGAGCACACAAAGAUGGAAGAAAUCAAAGAAAUGAAUAACCCAAAUAUCAAGUUCUCCUUGGGUUUUCACUCGAAUCUCAUAAGUGGUCCGAAUAAAGAUGCUGCAGCUUCACAUUACAACAAUUAUGCACGAAAUUGGGAUCAUGACAACGUUAAUCGAACAAUUAUGAGCUCCGGCUUAAGUGCACCCGUCGCUGCUACCAUUUGUUGUACCUCAUCGCAAGUUCAGAAAGCAUGGGACUCGUAUCACGGCAGCCAAAUCUAAAGGGGACAGUGUAAGCAUAGUAUUUCCUUGCCGUUUUCUAGGUUUAUUUUGUAUUACUAUAGAGGUUGCCUUCCGUUAUUGUUUUUGCAAUGCCUCUCUCAGCCAUAAGUAAUGGAUGUGUGCUGAAAAUUUUGUAUGCAAAACAUUUCUAUGCAAUUUCCAUGCUUGUAAUAUAUAUGUAUCAAUCGGUGCACUAAAAGUUCUGGAGU